GGAGCCGGGCCGGGCUGGGGGGCCGGGCCGAGGAGGGACAGAGCGUGGCCGGGUGAGGCGGGACCGGUCCCGUCGGGGCACCAUGUCGGGGGUGGCGAGGACGGCCAUCUGCCUGCUGCGCUGCGACCUGCGCGCCCACGAUAACCAGGUGCUCCACUGGGCUCAGAGUAACGCGGAUUUCGUUAUUCCCCUCUACUGCUUCGACCCACGGCACUACCUGGGCACCCAUUGCUUUGGUUUCCCAAAAACAGGGCCCCAUCGGCUCAGGUUUUUGCUGGAAAGCGUGAAGGAUCUAAGGGAAACUCUCAAGAAAAGAGGAAGUACCCUGGUUGUGAGGAAGGGGAAGCCAGAAGAUGUGGUCUGUGAUUUGAUUACGCAGUUAGGUUCUGUCAGUGCUGUGGCUUUCCAUGAAGAGGCCAUGCAGGAGGAGCUGGAUGUGGAGAAACUGCUGUGCGAGGUGUGUUGUCAGCAUGGGGUGAAGACUCACACAUUCUGGGGAUCCACGCUGUAUCAUCGGGAUGACCUUCCCUUCAGGCCUAUCGCCAGGUUGCCUGAUGUCUACACCCAUUUCCGAAAAGCAGUGGAAUCUGAGGCAAAGGUCCGGCCAACUCUGCAGAUGGCAGACCAGCUAAAGCCUCUGGCUCCAGGGGUGGAAGAAGGGUGUAUCCCUACAAUGGAGGAUUUGGGACAGAAGGAUCCUGUGACUGAUCCACGAACAGCCUUCCCCUGCAGUGGAGGAGAGACCCAAGCUUUAAUGAGACUGCAGUAUUACUUCUGGGACACGAACCUGGUUGCAUCUUACAAGGAGACUCGCAAUGGACUGGUGGGAAUGGAUUACUCGACCAAAUUUGCACCAUGGCUGGCGCUGGGCUGCAUUUCACCUCGAUACAUCUAUGAGCAGAUACAGAAGUAUGAAAAAGAGAGAACGGCAAAUCAGAGCACAUACUGGGUCCUGUUUGAACUGCUGUGGCGGGAUUACUUUCGAUUUGUGGCCCUGAAGUAUGGCAGAAGGAUUUUCUCAUUAAGAGGGCUUCAAAAUAAAGAGGUCCCCUGGAAAAAGGACCUUCAGCUCUUUGACUGUUGGAAAGAGGGCAAAACAGGGGUUCCUUUUGUCGAUGCCAACAUGCGAGAGCUGGCUGCGACAGGCUUCAUGUCUAACAGAGGGCGGCAGAAUGUUGCCAGCUUUCUCACCAAGGACCUGGGUCUGGACUGGAGGAUGGGGGCGGAAUGGUUCCAAUACCUGCUGGUGGAUUACGAUGUUUGUAGCAAUUAUGGCAACUGGUUAUACAGUGCUGGUAUUGGCAACGACCCACGGGACAACAGGAAGUUUAACAUGAUUAAACAAGGCCUGGAUUACGACAGCAAUGGGGAUUACGUGCGGCUGUGGGUCCUGGAACUACAGGGCAUAAAGGGAGCAGAUAUCCACACCCCUUGGGCACUGAACAGUGCUGCUCUCUCCCAGGUGGGAGUAACUCUAGGUAAGACCUACCCACAGCCAGUUGUGACAGCCCCAGAGUGGAGCCGACACAUCAACCAGAGGCCUCAGGAGAGAAGUCCCCAUCCCAGGGGCAGGAGAGGCCCUGCACACACGCCAAGGCAGCACAAGGACAGAGGGAUAGAUUUUUACUUUUCUCGCAAGAAAGAUGCAUGAUGAAGCCUGCACAGGUGCAUGCUGGAGGAGCGCUCUGUGGGAGGUUUUGCUGCCGAAGACGCCGGGAUAACGGUUCAUCGCCUUGAACUAGGUUAAUCUCAAGCCAAUGAUACAAAUCUGGCCCCAGUAAAGGAACCGGGGAUCUGGCCGUUCAGGACACCAGCUGGUGGCAAUUUGGGGGUUGGGCACUGGCACUGGUUGUGGUGAAUGGAUCUUGUGUGCGCACCCUGUGCUGUGAGCCCCGAGGUAGUUCCCCAGGCGCUCUCCAGGAGCGGCCGCCCUUCCGUGCCCCGACUCCCACGGACAGCACAUCACUCCCAACUCUGCAAACUCCUUUGGGUGACAGGGCCGCCUAACCAAUGCUAAUUAACCAAAAUGGCAUGGCCUUUCUCUUUGGAGGAGGCGCAGCUGCUUUUCCUGCGCCUCUUGCUUUGCACUGGUGCUUACGGCUGGAUUUCCACCCCUCUACAAACUCGAGCAGGUGGUUUCUGUGGCAGGUGUUCAGUCAGAACUCUUUCUAAUGAACUUUCUUGUGCUAAUAUUUCAUGUUUUAAAGCUUUAAAAUUACCAAUCAUUGGGCAAUUAAAAGUUUUGCUGCUGGAA